AACUGAACUUCUAUUGAGCUGAAACGGAGCGAGCGUAAUGUUGCUACGUGUUGUUUUUAUUUUAAUUAUUGAUUGAAAAACAACAAGAUGGUUUCUACCACGGAUCAGGAGGAGGACUACACCACAGCCAUGUCGCAUCUGACAAUCGGAGCACAAAUCCAGGAGUUGUCUAAGCGGCUGCAGAACACGACAGAGGAACUGCAUCAGCAGGUGCGCGAUAAACAUGGCGCCUUGCUACAACAGGCCACACACGCUGGACGCUUUGAUGCUGCACUCAAUUCUCUGGCGGCGGAUGUGGAAAAUGUGCGUGCCACUGGACACCGCUUGAAGAAUCAAGUGGAUACACAGUAUCAACUGGUGGAGAAUCAAACUCAAGUGCUGGGCCGCCUGCAUGAAGUAUCGCAUUUGCUGCGUUCGGCGGGCACACUGCUUACCCUAACGGCAAAGCUGCGCAAUACUAAGGAUGUGCUACGUCAGGCGGAGCUGCAUUUCGAACUAGGGCCGCUCAUAGAAGAUAAUGAUCUGAAGGAUAUAGCGUUUAUUCAAGAGGAGCGUGCGUUUGUCAUUAGCUCCAGGCAAAAAAUACGCAAUUUAACGCAAAUGCAAUUGGUCACUGGACUGCAGGAUCGCAACAAAUUGCAGGUGGUCAAUGCGCUGAAGAUCUUUAUGAACUUUAAUACGCUGGAGAAAUCACUAGACAAUCUGCUGGCUACCUUUAUAGCUGAUAUGGAGCAAGCGCUAAAGGAAUGCUUUGCGGGCACAGAUAUUUCAGUCCUGAACAAGACGCAGACCUCGCCUAGCAUCACCUCCAGCAAAGCUGGCAGCUCACGUGGCCCCGGCAAGACACCCCAAUUGACUACUACACAAAAUUUUCGCGCCAAGUUUUGGAAAUCGCUGCACUGGCUGCUCUAUGAUGAACUCUAUGAGAGCUGCACACAGAUCAAGCUACUGAAGCAGGCGCUGGAGCAGAUCAAUCAGUUUGGCUAUACCUCGGAAUCUUCGGAGCAGUGCAUACCACAACGUUUUUGGCAACAAGUGCAGCAGCUGCUGCGCAAAUCCUUCGAUGAAUGCACACAGCAUGUAAAUCAAGCAUUGCAGGAAGGACUUUCCAAGCUGUUGACUUCAGCGCGUGGCUUGGAGCAGCGUCUACAGCAUGAAUUCCAAUUCGAUAAUGAACUCUUUGCACCCUUGGAAGUGGGCUAUGUCAGCAAGUGUGCUGCUAAUCUGAAAGCCUGUCUAGCUGGCGUGGAUUUGCCUGGCAAUGAAACAGUGGACAAUUUUAUACGCAUCGCCUCAACGGAAUUGAGCGCUGCGCUUAUUGAUAGUCGUCUUAGCCAUGCAGUGUCAAGUGUUUUCAUGGUCUGUGGCAAGGAACUCUGCACCAAGCUGGAGGCGCAAAUCAAACUGGGCGCUGAUGCCAAACAAAUUGUGGACUUGCCCAACUUGCAACAACAACAAAACACACAACUGGCAAAUGUGUUAUUUUAUUACAAGGAUUCAGUGCGUCGCAUGUUGUCUGAUCUACAAAUGCAUUUUGAUCAGACUCCAGGUGCUAGCAGUGCACAAAUCCUGCGCUCUUUGGACCAGGCCGAUCUACUUAUAGGCACAAUUCUACAACAGAUUAUGGAGUCCAUAAUAAGCGCCAUUAGCAUUAUUAUCCUUAGCAUGCAUCGCGAGCCGGGCCUAAAUACGGAUAGGCUAUCCAGCACCGGCCCUUCCAUGUACAUCAAGGAGUUGCAGGAAUUCGUUCAACGCUGCUGGUCGCAUCACGUAGCACUCUUUGAUGACAAGGAGCUGACCACCAAAUGUGGGCAUGAGCUAGCCAAACGCUGCAUAGAGCUGUUUAUUCAUAACCUCUGUAUAUUGCGUCCUUUAAGCGCUGCAGGACGUCAGCGUCUCAAACAGGACUGCCAGCACAUGGAGCAGGCCUUAAAACCAAUCUGUGGCAAUCUCGCCGAGCUGGGCAAACCAUCGCGUUUGCUGCGCGCCAUGUCCUUGCUUAUAGUGCAAACGCCGCAAGAGCUGGUGAAACAAACUGUGGGAUCGGAUUCCUUGGUACCGAGCUAUAUAGUAUUGUUAUUGCUGUUUGGACAUGCUGGCGCAGAUUUGCAGUCACCUCACACUACGGCCAAUUGGUCUAAUGAGCGUUUAAUUGAAUGGUUGGAUGGGCAUACGGCAGAUCGCGAGAAGUUGGAGCUUAUCUCGGGCGCGCUGCAAAGAUAUCGCGAUAAUGCUAGGCGAAAGAAUAUACAACAGUAUGAUGAAGUGUAUCCCAUGAUGGUGGAGUACUUUGAGCAAGCCUUAAAGGCUAUUGCUUGAAAAACUCUGCUAAUUGCAAUAUAUGUAUUCCAA